AAAUUUACGUCACCUUCGUCUUUUCCGGGUUUUUCCUCAGCUAAGUUUCGGACUCUCGCAGUCAUAAAUAUUAGAUUUUCUCAGACAAUUUAUACUUUUACCUCACCGACAUGAAUCGUAUCUUUGGCAGAGGUAAAGCCAAAGGCCCGCCACCCAACUUGACGGACUGUAUAGGAAGCGUUGAUUCUCGGGCAGACUCCAUUGACAAGAAAAUCGCCAGACUAGAUGCUGAACUUGUCAAAUACAAAGAUCAGAUGAAAAAGAUGAGAGAUGGGCCUUCAAAGAACAUGGUGAAGCAAAAGGCAAUGAGGGUCCUGAAGCAGAAGAGGAUGUAUGAAAGCCAGAGGGAUAAUCUCAUGCAGCAGUCGUUCAACAUGGAACAAGCAAACUACACAAUCCAAAACCUCAAAGACACUAAAACCACAGUUGACGCCAUGAAGGUUGGCCUCAAAGACAUGAAGAAGGCAUACAAGAAUGUGAAAAUCGAUAAGAUUGAGGAUAUUCAUGAUCAGCUGGAGGACAUGAUGGAGGACGCCAAUGAGAUCCAGGAGGUCAUGAGCAGAAGUUAUGGCACUCCUGAAAUCGACGACGAUGACCUGGAAGCAGAGCUAGAUGCUCUGGGAGACGAGCUCCUGCUGGAUGACGACAGCUCCUACUUGGACGAAGCUGCCACCGCUCCUUCCAUCCCAGAGGGCGUUCCCGGUGACAAGUCAACCAAUAGGGAUGGCGUGUUGGUAGACGAGUUUGGCCUUCCUCAGAUUCCUGCUACAUAAAAGAGCAUUUUUAACAAACGUGCUAGUUUUACAUUUAUCAUAGCCUGUUUUGUAUUUAUCUCACACUCCUGGCCUUUGAAUGCAGCAGUGAAAUCCAAAGCUUCUUCUAUCCAUUGAACAAUGAAAAUGUAAAAUCAGGUGUCUCGAUGAAAGCUGUUUCUGUCUUUGUCUGAAUGACGGCUGGAAUUGGGAUUCUCCUAAACUGUACAGUUUCUGAAGCAGCAAACUAAAUAAAUUAUAUUUUUCAAACCAUU